UGUUACACCUUUGGCAGCAAAAUAAAGCAGUGCAGUGCAGGGAGCCGCGGACGUGUUUCGCACCCGAUCAAUAGCAAAAAUGAACCGAAACCAUCAGCCCAACUUCCCGGUCAUUUACGAACUGCUAAAACAGCUGUGCCAGAAUCUCGCCGGAGACCGGUCAAACGAUGUGUUGAAAGAAGUUACUCGGCUGAUUGCCAACAAACCAAACUCAAUUACUCACCAUGGCGGUACUUCAGCGGCGGCAAACGAAUCGACGAUAGUGGCGCGCAUUAACCGCCUGCUGGCGUCCAGGAGUCAAGCAAGCGUAAAUGUGUUUAAUGGUUUCUACGAGGAGCUAAUAUCGAUGACCGAGAGCAAACAGCGCACCCCGAUAUUGGAAUUCCUGUUUCAUCUGGCCGAUUCGGACAAAAGUGCAAGUGGCAGCGGACUGCAGGUAGAUUUGCGCAACGAUGCCGGUUUCGCGUCCGGAACGCUGGACAGCGUGUUUUCGAAGCUAAGCUUGGACUCGGGCAUUGGCGGAAGUCAGCGGCUGAUGAAAUCACGGUCCGGCGGUACAGUAACCGGAUCCACCGGCAGUCUCUGUGACUCCAAAGCGCUGGUAGCGGACGAUGCGCAGCUGCAGAUUGCAGACCGCAACGAGCUGGAGGAUCUGCUAAUACAGGACGUCAUUUACGCCUGCACCGGCAUCGAGGGAAAGUAUCUGCGCAAGAACGUGGUGUCGGGGGAGUUUAAGCUCGACCACAUACACGGCCGGAAUCUGAACGCUUGCGAUGCCGGUAUGCUGCUGCGGUUGGCCGAGGUUGGCUUCUUCUACAACAAAGUGUCCCGCUUCAUUAACCCCAAAAGCGAUUCGUACCUGAUGGGAAACUUUGGCCAGGGCUACAUUACCGCACUGCAGCAGGAGCUGACCAACUAUUACGGGCUGAUCGCUAACCUGCAGGAGAAUCUCGACCGCCAGCGGCAGGCGGGCGAUGGUGCGGAGCGGAUGACGCUGAUGCGCACGAUGGUGUGGCUCGUAGAGCCGAUGGAACGGCUACAGUGGCUGGCGCUGAUCUCGGACGCUUGCCGCGAGGUCAAGGGGGGCGCUCUCGCUUCCGCCAUUCACAAGUUUAUCUGGCACGGCGACCCGAUGGUGCGCACCAUCUCCCGGGAGCUGCUGCAGUCGGCCUGCAUACCGCUGCAGCAGAUGCUUUCGCAGUGGCUAACGGACGGUAAGAUCGUCGAUCCGCACUGUGAGUUCUUCAUCGAGGAGCUGACCGAUGUCGGGUACAACCGGCUCUGGCACGAUGAGUUCCGGCUGCGCAGCUCAAUGGUGCCGUCCUUCAUCUCGGACACGCUGGCAAAGCAGAUACUGGUGAUCGGGAAGAGCAUCAACUUUCUGCGCGAAGUGUGCAAAGACCGAGAGCCCGUCCCGGAGCGGACGGAUUUGAAGAAGUGUCUCAACGAGCAUCUCGACUACCUGUACAGUCCGCACAGCAAUACCGAGCUGCACGUGCUGAUCGACGGCGUGUACCUGAAGACCUCGAAACGCGUGCUGGACAUCGUGCUCGGUCCCCAUCAGCUUUACGAUCACCUAAAGGCAAUGCGCGACUAUCUGCUGCUCGGGCUGGGCCACUUUGCGGAUGUGCUGAUGGAAAAUUUGAAGGAGGAACUGGACCGUCCGGCGAAAGACAUCUACCAGCAGGAGCUGUUCUCUAUUGUGGCCGCUGCGGUGCGAAAAUCGGCCGACGAGCAGGAGGAGCCGGCCGUGCUGAGCUAUCUCGACGUGCACUUCCUCAGCCCUUGCGAGGGCGAUACCGGGUGGGAUGUGUUCUGCCUGACGUACAAAGUGCAGGGUCCGCUGGGGACGAUCUUCCAGCCCGUCCAGUGCACCUACCGAGCCCUGUUCAAGCAGCUGUGGAACAUGAAGCGGUUCCAGUUCAUCCUGUACGGUAUCUGGCGCAACCACAUGCUCAGCACGCGCUGCUUCAAGCCCAUCGCUAGCGACAUUGGCCUGAUAAAGCAGCACCUGCAGAGCUACUGCUCGAAAAUGAUCAACAUCAUCACGCAGAUGCAGUACUACAUACUGUACGAGGUGAUCGAGUGCUCGUGGGUGCAGUUCAGCGCACGGGUCAAGCAGGCGAAAGCGCUGGACGACGUGCUGGAGGCGCACGAUAAAUUUCUCGAUCGCAUUCGCACCGGCAUAUUCCUGGACCAGUCGACGCAUCUGUUCAGCAGCUGCCUGGAGCAGAUAUUUAGCUCGGUGCGCAAGCUGGACGAAUGGCAGAUGAACUUUUACAAGCUGUGCAAUCGGGAACUGGACGCGCGCAAAGAGUUCGACGAGUACAUCCAAUCGAGCGAAGCGAAGGGAACGUACGGCGUGAACGCGGAGCGUGCGCUGGAGCGGGACGAAGCGCAGCAGGAGUUUGAGGCGAAGCUGGUGCAUUGCCAGAAAGCGCUCAUUGCGAUCGGGGUGGAGUACGAAAAUUCGGUCGGCCACUUCCUGUACCAGCUGGCGGUGUCGCCCAUCGAAUCUUUACCGCAGCUGUGCAUGCGGUUGGACUAUAACGAGUAUUACAAGCACCGGGAUGAGCGAUUGAGCGUGCCGCUCACGUUUCAGCAUAUGCGCAAAAGUAUGGCGAACAAUUUUGCACGCAAAUGAUCUAGCGAGGCAUGGCAGGAAUGGUCAGCGAGCGAAACAACAUCAGCGGAGCUGCUGGUCCGGCCGGAACUGCCCGAUCCCGACCUGCGGGUUGCAGAACCACCUCGAAAGCAAGCGUUCGCUAUGCUUAUCCAUAAACACUCUUCCUGGCUAGCGACGUAUAAUUGCUGCGAUAUUAUGUAGGGGUCGUGUUGGCGGGCAUAGAUGGCCUGGACUCGGCCGUUGUACUAUAUAUCUCUCCUCACGCUACAGUUCCGUUCAGUUGUGCCAAUUUGUGUUUAACUCAGUUUUUCGUUGAUCAGUUUAAAUAAAUGGAUUAGAAUUUCCCAUA